GAAUGUCAUCAUGCUAGCCACCAAUUUUGAAGUGCACCCACUCAUGAUAUUGUGAAUAUGUUGUCCGACUCUUUAAUGGAGGAUGCUUUUAAAGCCAAAAAGCUUCAAUUCACGUUGCGAGAAAAACUUCCACCUUGUCGAUUCUGGAUCUGACACCCCCACGGGGUGGUUGCCCUGAUGGUGUCGGAGAUAGAUCGCCGGUACGGAGUACUGGAGAUAGGUGAUGAAUCGAUACAUAAAAAUUUGCCCCGCCAAACCCCGCCAAACGUCAUGCACCUCAAUCAGACACGUUUUCGGCGUGACGCACUUUACUUAUCCACCUCCAGUAUUCGUACAUAAGACUUCUGCCACUGUCACCAAAUAAUUCUGAAAGAAAAACCUCCCACGACAACGAUUAUUCUCCUCGGCUCAUAAACUUACCACUGAGAAGCUUACGCAAAGUGAGACACUGCGCAAUGUCGAGCCGUCAGCUACGUAAGCUGCAAAAGCAGCGGGAGCUCGAACAACUCCAAGAAGCCCAGGCUACCGCCGACGAAUCCAGCGAAGAGGAACCCGAGCCCGCGCCCAUAAAGCCCCGGCAGAGCUUGUUUGCAGCUCUAGGCGGCGGCGACGACGAUGAAGAUGACGACGAGAAGUCCGAUGAUGCGCAAGAGGAACCUGAGCCCGAGCCUGAAGUAGUGCCGCAACCUGCGAAGAAGAAGAACAAGAAAAAGAAGAAGAAGGCCAAGAAGGCUGUGGCAGAGGACGAACCCCCCAAACAAGCAGACGAUAAGGAAGAUGAGAUUGAUCGGGCUCUUCAGGAGCUCAAUCUGGCGCGCAAUGCAAGCUCUACCGCCUCGGCCAAUCUCGCGCGAAGCAGCCGCGACAUCGACGACCUGUUGCAGAUCAACACCCAGUACCUGAGAGCGAUCAACGAGAUGCGAGCUCUCUUCGGAAAGGAUGCCAUUCAAGCUGCCCAAGAUGAGGAGAGGGCCGAGCAGGAGGCGGCGCGCCGACAAAGAGGUCCGACUCAGCAAGUUGAUCUAGAGACGGCGCUUCGAGGAGACCCGCGCAAGAAGCUGCCCGAAAUAUCGCUGCGACGCAACGUAUUCAUUCAAGGCAAGGACACGUGGCCUCGCGCUACUGCUGUGGGCCUGGUCAUGAAAGAGAUCAGGAAGGGCACCGACGGUCUUAGCGAGUUCGCUUUUGUUCACGAGAAGGCCUAUGACAAUGUUCAGAUCAUGUUCUUCAGCUGCGUUCAGCUUGGUGACCCCAUGCAGAUGGUCCAGCUGUUGAUACGGUAUCCCUAUCACAUCUCGACCUUGCUCCAGGUAAGCAAGGUUGCUAUUCAGGACCAGAAUCAGUCACUGGCCGCAGACCUCUGCGAGCGAGCGCUCUUCACGUUCGGCCGAUCCACGACAUCCGCCUUUAGACAGAAAUUGGAACAGGGCAAGGCUCGACUGGACUUCCGCCGUCCCGAGAAUCGCGAACUCUGGCUGGCAGGAUAUACCUAUCUCAAGAGUCUCAUCCGCAAGGGGACGUAUAGGACGGCCCUUGAGUGGGCGAAGCUUCUCUUCAGCCUCAACCCGAACGAUCCCUACGGCAUGAAGUAUUUUAUUCACACCCUCGCAAUCCGAGCACGCCAAGCGCAGUGGCUCAUCGAAUUUCUCAACACUGGCGAAUUCGUGGCGGAUGAGACGGACGACACCUACAUCAAACAGACCAUGGUCCUCGCCAAGCUUCAGGCGGGCGACACUGAGGGAGCGAAGAUCGCCGCAGUGGCCGGCAUGGAGCGGUUGCCGUGGCUGUACUGUGCUAUCUUCCAGGCGCUGAACCUGGAAGCGCCGCCUCCUUUGUGGGGAGUUCAACCCGACACGGACGAGCGCGAGUUCUGGACGAAGCUGUACGUGCACCAGGCCAAGGACAUUUGGAACAACACGCAAGCAAUCGAUUUGCUCAAAGAGGCCGUCAAGAUUGCGAAGAAGCCGACGCAGGCGCUCCCGGAGGAUAUGCCGGCAACAACCCGUACGGCCAGAUGGACGUGGCUGGAGGACACUCCGGCCUUAUUGAGCGGCAUCCCAAGGGCAAUUCUCAACCAAGAGCCAAACUAUGCCUUUGAUCCGCUCCCGCCUCGGGAAGAGGAGAACAUCUUUUCGAGCCAAGGAGUGCAGAUGCCGUGGCGGCAGGAGGGCGGGCACAGUGGACCUAUGCUCGCACAGGAACGAGCGCUUCUCAAUAUGCUUCGCAGACAGCAUCAACGAGCCGAGGCCCGGGGAGCCGGAGCCGGCGCGGCCGCAGGAGCUGGUGCUAUGGCAGGAAUGGGAGGAAUGUUGGGUGCGUUCCCCGAAGACGACGACGAUGAGGCUGGCGAUGGCGACUUUGGUGACGCCUGGGAAGGAGCGUUCUCUGAUGGCGAGGAUGGCGACGACGACUUCAUGGAGGGAGAGGGAGGGCAGCCCCCUUCGGCCGGCGUGGUGCAGCGACUUGCUGAUUUGCUGGCGUCUAUGAUACCUGGCGGUUGGCCGGCUGAGCCAACCUUUGACGAGGAGGAGGAAGGCACAGAUGACGAAAUGCCGCCUCUGGUUGACGGCGAUGGGGAUGCUGGUAGUGAUGACGACAUGCCGCCUCUGGUCGACGGCGAUGAGGCUGUUGGUCGUGAUGAGGCACGUCAACAGCCUGGGGCAAACUAGCCGCGACGAUGAAGUUGCUGCAUAUCUACAUUUGGUAGAGACAACAAGUCAGGAAAUCCAUGCAGUAAACCUGCUGCCUUCGAUAGUUUCAUAGAGGUAUAGAGCAUCGAUACCCAGACAAGAUUGAGCCAAGAAUGUCCACCUCGUUUAUUCUUACCGUAAUCUUACUACGUAUCAAGCCGAUAACAACUUGAAGUCGUCUUCAGCAUACACACGGACCCCUGUCCUAGCGCGAGGGAGACUAACUUGCGGGUUCGACCGCAUGCGACAUCCAUGAA